CGACUCGACGUCACUCCCGUUCAACCAGCGCCCUGUCCUCUGCAGAGUGCUACUCAGACCGGCUGUCCCAUCAAGCUCGCAUCUCGGCCUCCGUCAACGCCAUGAGGAUCCUCAACACGGGCACCGACGUGGAGGCCGCCGUCGCUGACGCGCUGCUGUUAGGAGACUCGAGGAGUAAGCGGCGGCCGGUGAGGCGGCGCUUCGAGUCUCCGGGGAUGUACUCUGACGACGACGCCAACAGCGACGCCUCCAGCGCCUGCUCGGAGCGCUCAUACAGCUCGCGCAACGGCGGCAUGGCGCCGCACUACCUGCGUCAGAUGGAGGACGUGGCCGAGGUGCUGAACCACUGCGCCAGCGCCAACUGGUCGGAGAGGAAGGAGGGGCUGCUGGGACUCCAGAACCUGCUCAAGAGCCAGAGGAUGCUCAGUCGCGUGGAGCUGAAGAGGCUGUGUGAGAUCUUCACCAGGAUGUUUGCAGACCCUCACAGCAAG